CCCAGCCCGGAAAUCGGACUCUGGUAGCUGCGGCCCCAGCCUCGGUGGGCGUGGAGAACGUCCCUGCGGCCGCCUGGGCGGAAGCUCCGGCACCGCGUCCUCUCCGCCCCGGGCCGGGAAGCUGUCCCCGCGGCCACUAUGUCCCAGAGCGGGCCAUGCUGAGGCUCUGGGCCGCCGUCCCCAGAGUAGUCCCGGGUGUCUUCGGCCGCUGUGGCCCGCGCCGCCUGAGCGCCGGCAUGUUCUACGCGGUGAGGAGGGGCCGCAAGACGGGCGUGUUCCCCACCUGGAGUGAAUGCCAAGAACAAGUGAACCGAUUUCCUGCUGCCAGGUUCAAGAAGUUUGCUACUGAGGAAGAGGCUUGGGCCUUUGUCCGGAAUACUGCAAGCCCCGAUCAUUCAACAGAGCAGAAGAAGAAAUGUGACACACAAGACCCUGAAGUGAAGCCAAAGAAGAGAUCCUAUGAGUCAUCAGAUGAAGAGGAAGAGCCUUGCCCCAAACUUGCAAAACAAAAUGCAGAUUCAGUACCUUCCCUUGGCAAAGAUACAUUUUCUUAUAUGGGAGAUGCAGCAGUGGUUUACACAGAUGGCUGCUGCUCCAGUAAUGGGAGAAAUAAAGCACGAGCAGGCAUUGGUGUUUACUGGGGGCCAGGCCAUCCCCUAAAUGUGGGUGAUAGACUUCCUGGGCGACAGACAAACCAAAGAGCAGAAAUACAUGCCGCCUGUAAAGCAAUCGAACAAGCAAAGAAUCAAAACAUCAGUAAGUUGGUUCUCUACACAGAUAGUAUGUUUACUAUAAAUGGUGUAACAAAUUGGGUUAAAGGCUGGAAGAAAAAUGGCUGGAAAACAAGCACAGGAAAAGAUGUCAUUAACAAAGAAGACUUUAUUAAGCUUGAUACACUUAUGCAAGGUGUAGACAUUAAAUGGGUGCACGUUCCUGGUCAUUCAGGGUUUGUGGGCAAUGAAGAAGCUGAUAGAUUAGCAAGAGAAGGAGCUAAAAAAUCUCAAGAAUCAACAUAGCAUAAUUUUUGUAAUCUACAGAGCAAACCAAGUGUUCAUUAGUCAUCAUUUGUGUGAAAAUUUGCCUGCAAAAACAUGCACUAUUGUAGGUGGACUUGGGAACAUUCAUUCUUGUUUCAUCAGAAAAACCGUGUAGUUUUCUGUUGAAAUAUGGUUCAGUAUAUUAAACUACCCUUUGUAAUUGUUUGGGAUUUCAGCAUAAAGUAGGCAUAAUUGAC